GUCUCUCACAGAGAGCUUCAUGGAUUUUUGGGGACAGCCAAGAGGGUCUGGGGCCUGUAACUUCUUAGGAGUCCCAGUCCUCAGCUCCUGGGAUGUGGACGAUGAUGAGGGCGAGGUGGUCAUUGGCAUCAGGCCUAAAUCCUCUCCUCUCCCACGGAGAAAGAGCUCUGUGUCUGAUGAGGACUCGGAGCCUGAGUCUCUCAUGUGUGGCUCCAGGAGAGUUUCCUUCGCAGAUGCCAAAGGCCUCAAUUUGGUUCAAGUGAAGGAGUUUGACACGUGGGACGUGCCCAAACUGCCAGGAUAUGACACAUCUGAUGGGGAAGGCAAUGAUGAAGAUGAAUACAUUCUUUCACCUCUUAAUUUUUCUCUCCCGUUAUUAGCCGAGGAGCUACUGACCAAGGUCCAGGAGCAGAAAGUAGAGCUGGAAAAAAUUGAGUUACUUCCAGGGACCACAAUAGCAAAAGGGGUGGUGCGCGUCCUCAACAUCUCCUUUACUAAGGCGAUAUAUGUUCGAACAACUUUGGACUGCUGGUCCAGCCACUUUGACCUCCUGGCUGAGUACAUCCCUGGUUCCAGCGAUGGGCUGACGGACUGUUUCUCAUUCACGCUCACUUUGUGGCCUCCAUUUCGGGACGAGGGGGCCAGAGUUGACUUUUGUCUGCGGUAUGAAACACCUGUUGGAACGUUCUGGGCCAACAACGCCAACAAGAACUACGUGCUGUCAUGUUUCCGCAGAACAAAGGAAAACGAUCAGCCACAGAAGGAAAACGUGAACAAGAAAAGCUGCCUCAAGACAGCCAGUUCGAACUCCAGCGUGGAAAACAGUUCAGGAAAGGAGUCGUCAACACAGGGAAAUAUUGCAGCAGAUGUGUCCAACAGUGGACUAGAGGGUGACACUUUGAAAUCUAAGAAUGAUCAGUCAGGAAUGUCAGAGGAACAUGGACAGAAAUUACUGAUUGAGAGCGGAGUAAACAACAGCCAAAGGAGUCGCAGAAAGGCUGCACGGAUGGCCCGGGUGAGGGACUACUUUGCUCAAAGAAACGGAGACGCCAACAACGCAGAUAGAGACGAAUCGCCUCCAGGGGUAACACAGGCAGCUCGAGAAGAAACCCCAAAGGAAAGGCAUACAGAUGUGCAACUGUUUGCUGAGAGCAACCGCAAACCAGAAGGUUCCCAAGCAAAGUGCAGCAAACCCCUCCUCAGUGUUUCACAUGUUAUGUCACCAGCACUUGACCGAAAGUCUGAGAACAAGCCAGAGAAAUCUGAGAGCAUUGCUUUGGCUGCCUCAGUCACAUUAGCAGAAGGUGAGAGUGCCACGGACAUCCAAGAUGACCUGUUUGAUAAUUUUGCUCAAGCAGAACAGCAACAUACCAAAUCUCAGGACAGUAGUCAGGAGGCAGACAUGGGUCAUGAAUACAUUAGCAGAACAGCAGUGAGAAAUGAAAGCCUUGUUGGCCAGACCAGCAGCUUCACAUUUGGCACUGUGGUGGCUCCACUGUAUCACCAGGUGUUUGGCAGAGUGGGAAGUGAAAGUAAGAGAGGAGCUGGCUGGGAAAAUCCUGCACGGGCUACACUGAAUAUCGGAGGCUUACAUCCUCACACUGGCAUGAGACAGAUUAGUUGCACUGUUUCAACAGAUAUUAAAAGUAACAAUAGUAAAGCACUUCGAAAUGUGAUUAAUAACCAGAAAUCAAACCAGGAAUGCACAGACAUAGCACCAUGCAAUAAUCGUGUUGAAGAAGAAGCAAGUUUAAGUCUGACAUUAAAUGCAGAGACUCUGCAGGUUCUGGCUGGGACUGAAAAUACAGACCGGAGAUGCACAAGCACACUUAAGGGUUCACGAACUUGUUUAGAAGACACAUUAAGCUGUCCUGAGACUGUAAACAUUUUAUCGCAAGCAGAUUUGUUGAAUCCACAAAUACCGGCUGAGAGUUUACAUCCCUGGGGAGAAGCACAGGAAGACAGUGUAACACAUGACCCCCAAGGCCAAAUUACAGCAGAAACAACACAGCGUCCACUCCCAGAGAAUCCAUGUACACAUGAUAAAACUAAUCUGGAUGAAACGCACGCAAAAAGCGAUACACAUGAAGUCAGGACCAGUCCGCAAACAUCAUUUGUAAAACUUGAAACCUCUGGGGACCUGCUGGGACAUGUUAAUGAAGGACCUGACCAACAGAGCGGCGGCUUAGAAGUAAAACGCCAUGAAUGUGAGUUAAUCAAAGCUCUGUGUCCUGGUAACGCAUCUUUUAGUGAGGUUAAACCAUGUGAAGACUUGCAUAAGUUGAAUUUGCACCACAAUGACAAUUCAGUUACAAAAGCAACUGUUCCUAAUUGCAAACUUGUGGAGAAAUCAGAUUUCACAACACCCAAGACACUUCUGGAAGCUCGAGGAGAAACUAACAACAUGGGAGAAGGCAGUAAAAUGACACACGGCUCACUCAAAGAUGAAUCAAAAUCCUCUGGUGAAACUAAGGUAACAGGGGAGUUGGCUGAAUGCGUGACUACAGAGACACAGGAGAAAACAGAGCAUUGCAAAAUCAAAGCUAAGGAGGAGGGUCUCUGUUUAGGAGAAAUCACUGAAGUGAAGGACUGGGAAAUGAUGGUUAAAGAAGAAGAAAACAACAUUUUAAUACACGAAGAAGAAAAGGAGAUAGUAUAUUUAAAUCCGGGCGUCUGUGAAGUAAGAGAAAAAGAAAUUGCAAAUGAGGAAUUUGUCAAGGGGAGGGCAGUGACAGGAGUAGAAGAGGACAGCGAAACAAUCGGAGAGGCUGUCUCUGGAGAAGAUGGUGCCAGUACUGAGGUGGAAUGUGCUCAAGUCAUAAAGAUGAACAAAACAGGUGGAAGGGAAGAAUUAACUGAGGAGAACCAAGUACAAGAAACAGAGGGACCAGUAGAGACAGAGCUGCACACAAAAAAACACUUUGCAGGAAAAGAGGUCAGUAUUGAAUGGGCACACAUCCAAGAAAAUGAGGAGAUAAAGGGAGAUGGGAAAAUAAACUUGAAUAAGGAAGGUGAAGGCGGAGCAGACCGGGAGAAAGAACCAAAGGAGGGAAACGGAGAGGAGCUGGAUCCACAUUACGAAUUCCUAAAUUACAGAGCAGUAGAGGCGGAGCUUGUAGAAUCACAUUCAUGUGUGGCGAAACAGGAACAAAAAGAUCCAGAACUGUGUUUGGAAGAGAAGUUAGAAAUUACAGGAAGCAAGGAUGGAGAGGUUUUAUCUGCUCUGGUGAACAGCAGGCAGGAGGGUGGCGACGAGAGCGUACCAGUGAAAGAAAGUAUAGGAGAAGAGCAAAGUGCACACAUUCAAACUGAAAAACAAUGUCUUCACACCACAAAAGCUCAGUCAGAAGAUGGAAAUGGUUGUGCCGCUGCAGAGGGGGGCGCUUUAACGGAUGAACCUGAAAGUGAUCAAACAAGCCAGGACAGCGCUUCGGCAGAGUCGGACUCGGGCGAUGAGGUGGAGCUGUACAUGCACUGCCUGAGGGCCGUCGGCACAGGAGGAUGGUCCCACGAAGACAAGAGCAUUGUGAGCAAAAGGCCCCGUCUAAGCAGAACCAAACUGCUGUCUGCCACUAUGCCACCCAUCACUGAAUAUCAGGAUGAAGAACAACACCUCAGUCGCCUUCAGGAGAAGCUUGAAGACGGCAAGAUUGCCGACAAUGCCGCUGUAUCCCUGGCAGAGGAGCGCAUGGGUCAGAGUGUUUUGUCCUGGACAGACACAUUUUCCUGUGGCAAUAUUGCAAAAUCACUGCUAUAUGCAACCCUGCUGGUGGUGUUUUUAGUUGUGGCAUACCAUUAUGACUUUUUUGCCUGUUUGGGCCUCUACUUGAUAUCUGUGGUUUGGCUCUGCUGCCGAGAAGAGAAGUAACCAGUUAAAAACGACAACACAAUGGGCUGAAUUAAAAUGUAAUAAUAAUUAAAAAAAACAAUCUGUUUGAUUUUAAAGGUUUUCAGAGUGUACAUGGUACUGAUGUGAUACCCAAUUCUUCUUUUCUAUAACCAAUGAUGACUAAUGCAUGAUUUAGACUGAUUUUUGCAGGAGAUCUAUGCUGUUACUUAUGCUGUAAACUCCUUUAACCCUGCACCAUAACCUUCCGCGCAACCUGCUGCAAGCCCACCGAAAUGUAACUACAUGUCGGGGUGUCGCAGCAUCGACUCGAACAGCGUGGAUGGAUGUGGUGUAGGGGGAAAAGGGGCUUCCAGUUACGUCACGAGUUAGGAAGUAGAUUUCCAGCAGAAGUCCAAAUUAAGCUCAAGAAGACACAGUUAGGCAGAUAUCACACACGUCAGAAUAAAUGUUGUCUCUUCCCUGUGGGAGGAUGUUA